AUGAAUCCGACAAUGUACUUCUUGAUACCUUUUCUGAAAAUUAUGGGAUAUUUUGCCCAAGAAAGUGAGCAAAUGGAGCCGUCACUUUCGCGGAAAACGCAUCAAAAGUUUUCAUCUAAAACUCGUUAUGACCAGAGGCGGAACAUCUCAUUUAAUGUGCCGGUUAAUUGUGAACCUCUUCACAUUAGUAUGGUACUGAGACAUGGUUCCCGGUACCCUAGCCGAAAUGAUGUUAAGAAAAUAGACAAGAUGCUGAAUGUGGUUCACGAUGCUCUGGUAAAAUCCGGAAUUAAAAGCACUCAGAUUGGAGAACUUCGUUUGCCUUGGAAAAACCCAUUUUCACUCUCAAAAGAUAAAUUACUGACUUCUGUUGGAGAAGAGGAGAUGUAUAACAUCGCGAAGAGGACAUUGAGACGUUUUCCUAGUUUGCUAUCCCAUCCUUACGCACCACAAAGCUUUGAGUUUAUCAGCACUGGAACAACGCGGGCUGCACAAAGUGCAAUGGCUUUUUCCUUUGGUUUGUUUGAAGGUCGAGGUCAUCUCGCAGCCAAUCGCUUCCAGCCAGUAGCAAUCCUGUCCAAGGCAGUGGACAAUGACCCUCUUCUGCGAUUUUUUGAUCUUUGCCAAAAGUAUUUAAGAAGGGUUGCAGAAAACAAAACUGCUCAGCAUGAAUAUAAAAAUUUUAAACAUGGUGAGGAAAUGAGAAGUGUUCUCGAAAAAGUUUCUAGCAAGCUGAAGAUAGGUCAUGGUGUUCUUUCUGAAGAGUAUGUAGUUGGCAUGUACACAGCCUGCUAG